UUGUGGUUAUUUUUAAUAAUGUUGCGUUUAAGGUGCCUAAUAAAAUCGAAUUUAUUGCGCAAAAAUCGCUCUCUUUCCGAACGCAAAACUUUAUCAUCCGCAGCGCCCCCGGAUCGCCAUGAGUUUUUCAAAAACGAAAUGAACGAUUUGAACGAGUUCUAUCCGCUGAUAGCCGAGGAUCUGACCAAGUACAUCUCGCAUUACAAGGAAUUCCCCGGAUUGCUCGAGAAAUUCCCCGUUCUGAUCGACUACACAGUGCCCAACGACGAUCCCUACUUUCUCACCACCGCCCUGAUACCCCUCUACACCUACAAAGCCGUCGAGGAGCCCGAUAAACUCACCAGGGACAACCUCAGGAAGGCCUGCAUGAUGGCCUGGGUCUACAGAAUUCUGGAAGUCUCCCAAAUAAUCGUCGACGACAUAAUGGACGAUUCGGACACGCGCUACAACAAACCCACGUGGUUCAAGACGCCCGGCGUCACGAUGGAGUCGGCCAUCUUGGACAGCCAUUACCUGGCGACGGGCGGCUAUCUGCUGUUGAUGAGGCGGCUGGCCGACCAUCCGUGUUGCCUGCCCAUCACCGACCUCUACAUGGAGAACAUGUUCAUGACGUUCGUCACCCAGUUCAUGGACACCCAGAACGUGGGCGUGAAGGAGUACGUCAGGUUGGUACCGCUGGUGCUCAACAAGGCCUUGUACAUUUUCGACGGCAGCGUCAGGGCCGGAUUGUACUUGGCUAAUAUCAGUGAUCCGGAAACUCACGAAGCUAUCAAGAAAUACACCGUUCCAAUGAGCAGGUUCUACCAACUUACGAACGAUAUGAAUGGGGUGUUCCAAGACGAAAGCAAGUUCCAAAGGCAUUGUCCUGAUAUCCUGUGGGGGAGGAAUUGCUGGCUGGUGGCGACUGCUUUGAAAUUGGCCAAUCCGGCGCAGAAGAAGAUUAUAGAAGAACAUUACGGUAACGGCAAGAUGGAGUCUGCGAUGCUGGUUAAAGAGGUGUACAGGGAGUUGAAAUUGGACCAAGUGCACGCCGAAAGAACGGUGGAAUUCGUCAAGGAGAUGCACGACGUGGUGGAGAAGCUCCCGAAGAGGAUACCCAAACAACCCUUUCACGAUUUGGUGCAGCAGUUGGCUAUGAAUAAUUUGUAUUCAUGA